AUUGAUCUAGUUAGCUUCUCCUGUGUUCUGUUUGGUAGAGUUGUACGUGUUACUAUAGAUGGGGGGGUCUAUAGACGAGAAGACAAUCCUUGAAGCUCAUGAGGAGCUUACAUGCUCGUCAGCAGCCACGGAUGACGUAGAGGCCCUUCAUUUGCAAUCCCUACCUGAUGUAGCAUACUCAUGGAUUUCGAAGAAUAUAUGGAGGAGAAGAACUCCAAGGAGAUUUUAUAUUGUCCUUUUUAAUGCAAAGAUCACCAUGUUGCUACCCUUUGGUCCCUUGGCAAUCUGGCUACAUAUCUUCACUCAAAACCAGGGAUGGGUUCUCGUCUUCAGCUUAUUGGGCAUGGCACCAUUGACAGAGCGUUUAGGAUAUGUGACUAGGCAACUCUCCUUGCACACAAAACCAACAGUUGGGAGACAUAUAAAUGUCACAUUUGUAACUGUAUCUGAUAUCAUUACAUCACUCUUUGCAUUAAGCAAAGGCAUGACUAGAGUUGUUCAGAUAUCUUUAUUGGGGUCGAUUUUAUUGAAUAUGCUCUUGGUGAUUGGAUGGGCCUUCUUCACUGGUGGGAUCAUCCAUGGCAAGAAAGUUCAAGUUUUCAACAAGCAACAUGCCCAAGUGAAUGUUAGAUUGCUGCUAAUGGCUCUAAUGGGGAUUAUGCUUCCAACUGUACUUCAUUUUACACACUCAGAAGUACAUUUUGGGAAGUCAGAGUUAUCCCGUUCAAGAUUUAGUAGCUGCGUAAUGCUAGUGGCAUAUGCAAGCUUCCUCUUCUUUAAAUUCAUAAGUCAUCGUCAUCUUUAUAGACUCACUGAUGAGGAUGAGGAAGGAGUCCAGGAUAAAGAUUCUUCUCCUGAGAUAACUGUUAAUGUAGCACUUGGCUGGUUUUGCUUCUUCGUUCUGUGGGUGUCCAUUUUGUCUUCAUACCUUCUCGAUGCAAUAGAGGGAGCAUCUGCCUCGCUCAAUAUCCCUGUGGCAUUUAUCAGUGCCAUCCUGCUCCCAGUUGUAGGAAAUAUAUGGUCUAUUAUGUUUUCCAUGAGCGAAAAACUUGACCUCACACUUGGAGUUGCUAUUGGAUUAUCCACACAGACAGCUAUGUUUACAAUCCCCUUCUGUGUAGUUGUUGGGUGGAUAAUAGGAAAGCCUAUGGACUUGAAUUUUGAACUCUUUGAGACUGCUAUAUUGGCUAUGGCUGUGCUGGUAGUGGUGUUUAUAUUGCAGGCAAUGUUCUCUUGCUAGUUUGCUAGUAUGUGGCGUUGGUACAUUGAAUCAUCGGGACCUUUCAACCUAGAACCUGCAUGAUCAAUUGUCGAAGUUGACAGUAUGACAGCGUAACACCCCAGAUUGUCUGUA